AUGGUGGACAAAUAGCCCUUGGUCAUCUACGGCCAAUCCGGAAGCGGCAAGACCAGCGUGAUCGCAAAAGCGGCUAGUAUGGCUAGGGAGUGGCUGCAAGAACUCGACAAUUUGGCAAAAGAAAGAGAUGCUAUCACUUCCGUUUCUACAGCCGCCGAAAACAACAGCCCCGUGCAUGCUCCCGGUACUUUUUUGGACCCAUCCGACGCCAUAGUUGCAUACGACUCCAGCGAGCCGGGCAGUCGGACGGCCUCAGCCCGACCCUUGGCGAAACGGCACCACAGACCUCUUCGAGACGGUCUGCUUUACGACCUGGAAGCCUCUGGA